AUGGCCGACCCGUACAUCUCCAGGAAGGAAGCAAACACAUCGUACAGACCCUACAACAACCUGAUGUCUCCCGGCUUGCAACGCGCGCGCGAGCCGUUCCGCAUCCGCAACGCCGUCACUGGGACGCUGCUGCUCUCCUUCGCCGUCGGUGUGUGGGCGUACUCUAUCAGCGCAGUGAAGCAGGACGUGUUUGACGAUGUGGACGAGGAGGCGCGUUCUCUCGCGCGGGCUCGGGAGCAGAGCUUGGUGCAGCAGGACGCAGAGAGGGAGAGAAAGCUCGCGGAGGAGGUGGCUAUGAGUUCGAAUGCAGCAGCGCCGGCAGCGAUUGUGAUGGAACGCGCGACACCAUCUGCAUCGGCGCCAGGAGGAAGGGGUGUAUUACCUGCGUUGCUCGAGCAGUGGUUCCCUCGGUUGCUGGAUCCAUCUACAAAGACACUGGUGUGGGGUGCGCCUUCUGUGGACAACAUAGGCACGCUACGGGACGGGUCACGCCGGUAG